AUGGGAGCUGGUAGAUUAACAAGAGAGGAAAAGGCUAAAUUGAAGUGUGAAUAUUGUCAAGGAAAUGGGCAUCUUACUCAGUCAUGUUUCAAAUUACAUGACUGCCCUGAUUGGUUCAAAACUCUGAAAGACGACAAGGCAAAACUGAGUGGAAAGGUUUCGGUUAAUUCACCUAAUUUUACAAAACCAGAGAAUAUGAUGAAGGGAACUGGGAUAACAGAAGGAAGGAAUGAAAUGCCACUUCAGGGUAUCUCAAAUAUAAUCAAACAAGAAACAACGAAAUUUCUUUCAUCACGAGGAGGAAGACAAGGCCCUGAAGGAGGUGAUAAUCAGGCACAUUUUGUGGAUUAUGCGGGUACUCCAUUGCAAGACUAUUUUGAUGUUGUGGGAAAAGAGAAUUUUCUGAAGGAAAAAGUCAUAAUUCCCGUCUUCACUCUUCAGUGUCUUCAGUCUUCACUCUUCAUUCUUCACUACAGCCGCCGCAAUCACAGACAAUUUCACAGUCCACCGCCGAUUCUUGUCCAGUUGUCCGCGCUUCUCAGGUCACCGCAUCCUGCCUGUUCUCGUCGGGGUUCCUCGGUUCACCGCCGCACGCCUGUCCUCGUCGGCGCUCCUCAGUCCAGCUCCUCGUCCGUGUUCCUCGUCUCAUCUGUAUCUGGUACUUGUAAAUCGGAGCUCACCCAAGGUGUCACACCAAAAUACAGUCUUGCACCUCUUGUUCCCGGGCUCUCUGAACUGCUCGGUAUUCAGAUCCUUGUAAUGGGCACCUAUAGGUUUCAUGACUCCAUGUCUCGUCCUGGAAGCACUUAUCGCACAACCGAUGAGAUUAGUGGAUUUAGAAGAGUGAUCCUAUUGAGAGAAUCAAGAAAGCUGGCAUUACCUCAUGAUUUAGGCACUGAAAAAGAACUAAAGGAUGCCGGAAAAGAAAUAAGAACAGAGGUAAAUGGUGCUAUUUCGAGAGCUAAUAUGGAGAUCAAUCUGCAGGGGUGGGAAUUUUUCAAAGCCUUUAUCAUCCUCAAGUUUUUACUUGUUACAUUCUCAUGGCGCGUUCAUGCUCUUCUUCUUGUGUCAGGCAAAGCCCUAAGCGUUUUUUAUGCUACAAGGCUCGUCAACAAGUAUUCAUUUAUCGAUAAUGUCUCCUUGGCCCGGGACACUUUUGAUCAAAUCUCUAUUAAGGAUUCCUAUACAUGGAAUUCCAUGCUCUCAGCUUAUGUCCGGAAUUCCCAUUUUGAUGAAGCAAUAAAAUGUGCAUUUGAAAUGCUGUCAAGCACUGAUGUUCGACCUGAUUUCUACACCUUCCCCUCUAUCUUGAAAGCUUGUAAAUCUUUAUGUGAUGGGGCACUGUUUCAUUGCUGGGUUUUGAAAUUGGGGUUUGAGUGUGAUGUGUUUGUGGCUGCUUCAUUAGUGCAUAUGUACUGCCGUUUCGGGUUUUCUAGUCGUGCGUAUACGAUUUUCAGAAAUAUGCCAUUUCGGGACAUGGGAUGCUGGAACUCCAUGAUUUCAGGAUUUUGUCAAAGUGGCAAUCAUAAAAAGGCAUUGGCCGUUUUUGAUGAGAUGAUACUAAGAGGCAUAGCAAUUAACGCGGGAUUUGGUUACAUGGAACUCCAUAAUCGCAGCAUACGAGCAGCAUUGUUGUCCACAGGCAUUUUGGAUUCCGCACGUCGGUUUUUUGAGCAACUGCCUUUUAAAGACGUAAUCUCGUGGAACACAAUGAUCACUGGUUAUGCUCAAAGCGGCUUCGCGAGCGAGGCCAUUAACUUGUAUCGAGCAAUGAAAGAAAAAGAUAAUCUGAAGCCUAACCAAGGAACGUGUGUGUCAGUUUUACCAGCUUAUGCUCAUUUAGGAGAUCUUAGAGAUGGAACAAGAAUCCAUUGUCUGGUGCUUAAACAAAAUCUUGACGCGGAUAUGUAUGUGGGCACUUGCCUUAUCGAUCUAUACGGAAAAUGCGGUAGACUAAGUGAAGCUAUGCUGUUAUUUAGUGAGGUGCCAAAAGAAACUUCAGUAACUUGGAAUGCCGUAAUAUCGUGCCACGGGCUUGGUCAAACAUCUGUCAGACUUUUUCACGAUAUGUUGAGUGAGAGAGUGAAUCCCGAUGAGGUGACUCUCUUAUCUUUAUUGACAGCUUGUAGCCAUUCAGGUCUGGUAGAUGAGGGAAAACGGUAUUUUCACAGUAUGGAGCAAGAAUAUGGAGUGAAGCCCACUUUAAAGCACUACGGGUGCAUGGUUGACUUGUUUGGGCGGGCCGGGCUUUUGGAAGAAGCAUACAAGUUUAUUGAAACCAUGCCUGUGAGGCCCGAUUCCUCAAUAUGGGGCGCUCUUCUUGGUGCCUCUCGAGUUCAUGGAAAUUUUGAGAUGGGCCAAAAGGCAUCAGGCCAGUUAUUCGAGCUCGACCGGGAAAAUGUUGGAUAUUACGUUUUACUGUCGAAUAUUUAUGCAAACUUUGGGCGGUGGGACGGGGUCGACACGGUAAGGUCAUUGGCCCGGGAUCGCGGCUUGUGGAAAACGCCCGGGUGGAGUUCGGUCGAAUUAAAUAACGAACUUGAGGUUUUCUAUACCGGCAGCCGGUCUCAUCCUCAGAGUGAGGACAUAUACAAGGAACUAGCUUCGCUAAAUUCUAAAUUGAAAAGCCUUGGUUAUAUCCCAGAUUAUAGUUUUGUGCUUCAAGAUGUAGAAGAUGACGAGAAAGAGAAUAUUCUCUCAAGCCACAGCGAGAGGUUGGCUAUUGUGUGCGGAAUUCUUAAUACGCCACCUAAAAGCUCUAUAAGGAUAUACAAAAAUUUACGGGUUUGUGGCGACUGCCACAAUGUGAUGAAACUGAUAUCUAAAGUUACGGAGAGGGAAAUUAUCGUGAGGGACUCGAAUCGUUUUCAUCACUUCAGAGACGGGUUUUGCUCAUGUGGUGACUAUUGGUGA